AUGCUGAUGGAAACACAGCAUAGCCGCUCUCUCAUUGAGAGGGAGCGGCGCACUGAGUCUGUCUUUCGUCCGCCUAAGUUCGUUAAGUCAGUGCCGCCACAUAAGAAAGCACUGACGGCUACAGCUCGUCCGUGGUAUCCGACGAGCGCUGAUGCAGAGAAGAAGCCGCUGACACCUCUCCGCCUUAUCCUGGCACCGCCCACCGCGUUAGGACAGUCCCCAGACGUCAAACCAAAAAGCGCACCUAUGCUCACACCGCUGAUGGAUUUGGCGAUGCAGAGUCCGCAAAGCAGCCUGUUCUCCCCCCUCAGCACCCCUGUGCACACCUUCUUCCACACCAUCACGGAGGUAGCGACGGCGGCGCGCAUGUAUCCGGUAGAGAUGUUCAUGUCGGUGCGAAGGGAUGCCUCACACACGCCACACGGCGUGCUGCGUUGGUGUGUGCAACAGUACCUGGAGGUGCCCACGCUGAAAGUGCCGACGCACCUUCAGCUGUCGAUGAGCGAGGUGCUGAACUCGGAGGACGGCGUUAGCCGCGGUGCUCUGGGCUCGGGUCUCAAGGGCAGAACCCGCGCGAAGCCUGUACGGCAGGUGCACCACAAAGUGAUGUCGGUGCUCAGCCGCAUCACCCCACAGAAGUUUACAGAGCUGCUUCAGGAGCUACUGCAGCUUCCGUUGCGUCAAGCGGACGGAUCAGAGCUGCACGAGGUAGUCAAGGUCUUCUUUGACAAGGCCGUGCAGGAGCCAGAGUACAGUGAACUCUACGCGCGCCUCUUCAGUGAACUGUGCGAGAUGAAGAAUAGCGAGCGCGAGUUGGAGGCGGAGCUGCGCGACCGCCUUUUCUGCAACCGCAUCAACCGCGAGCUGCUCCACACCUGCGACGAAGAGUUCCACCGCCCCAUCGAGCUGACAGACGACGAGAAGGUCGACCGCACCACCGGCAAGCCGUACAGUGAGGAGGAGGUGGAUAUGAAGCGCACUCGCCUGAAAAACCGCCUCGUCGGCAACAUCAAGUUUCUUGGGGAGCUUUUCAAGAUGAACCUGGUGACGGAGCGCGUCGUGGAAAACAUGUUUAAGCUCCUCGUCGGCGACUUUGACCCGAACAACCCUGUCCAGCGUGAGGACUACAUCUUUGAGGUCUUCUCUACGCUCAUCCGCACAGUCGGACCGAUUCUAAAGGAUCGCCGCCCAUUGGUGCUGGCGCACUACCUCGGCGUAGCCAAGGCAGUCGAGAACUCGCACCCGCGCCCCCGCAUCCGCUUCCUCAUGAUGGACCUGAGUGACCUGAACAAGAAGCAGGGGUGGGUUUCCAGCGAUCGGGUAAUGCGUGAGGCAGACUCGUGCGACGACUUGCACCGCUUGUCGUUCAUGAAGCACGUCGACAGCGUGGCGAGCACCUCUUUCUUGCAGUCCUCCAUCAUGACGCCGAGCGAUGACAACACAACGCAGCGCUGCGACUUCGCACUUUCUCGCCCCGCCUCCGUUGCGUUCCGCGAUAACUGGGGUUUUGGGACGAGCAUGAUCAUCUCCCCUUCCAGCCCCAGGAGCAGCCCCACUUUCUCGCGCGCCCAGAUCCCGCCGAAGCCGGCCGCGAUGAACCCUUCGUAUUUGCGCCCUUCCUACAGCGCGUCUGCGCCGAGCCCCGUUCCGGAGCGACGAUCCCCGGGCUCCGCCUAUAUCUGCCCGUUGAUCGACCCUCCCACCUCUCGUUCUCUCAGCGACGCACCACCGAACUCCUCGCUACCGCGCAGCCGCGCCUCGACGGUGGGUGCGACAGAGGUGGUCAACAUACAAGAGGUCACGCAGCAGCUCAUACAAAACUUUAACGACCCUAGGGAGGAGGCGACUGUACUGCAUGGCAUUGGCGAGAUGAGCCUCAAGAACAAAGUGCUGUGCCUGACGUGGUGGCUGCGGCAGGUGACAACUGACACCUCACGUUUUGAAGAGCGGCAGCGCAUCACAGAGCUGCUCUCCUCGUUGCUUAUCUCAUGCCCCUCCUUCCAGCCCAGCGACUUGAUCUCUGCCAUCAUUGAGUGGAUCCGCUUCGAUAUUGAGAAGGCUGAAUACCACCAGUGUCCCCGCAUGUUCGAGAACAUGGGUCACAUGAUUCAGCGCUGCUACGCUACCGAUGUGUCCACGCUGCCAAAUAUCAGCGAGGUGCAGAACCUGCUGCACCUGGGCCUCUUCAACGUCAUGCUGCACGACCUGACCACCUCGAACGGCACCGAUCAAAUGGUUACCCUUGUCAAGAGCGCCUUCUCGAUCGGGGUGUCGCUGCUGAACACGAUUGCCGACCGAAAGAGUGAGGCAGCGACGCUUCGUGUGGCGCUGCAGUGCCGCUUCCGGCUACUGCCGUACUUCUUUAGCGUGAGCAACGUUGCUGAGAACGGUAUCCUAUGCACUUCACCCCAGUGCCACACGCCGACAACGCCGAAUAUGCGCAAUAUCCCGCAGAUGGAGUCCAUUAGCAGCGUUGGCCAUUACGACCCACUGUCCCAAUGCAUGUUGUUUCACAAAGUGACUGACGAUGCCGAGUUCGUCGUGCUGCGCCGUGUCCGUGUUGAUGCCAGCGAGCGUACUACGGCGUGGAGGGAGGGGUUGGUGAGCCUCGCCCUCGCGGAGACUGGCAACGGCUCCACGGUCUCGCAGCUUGUGCAGAUGGGCAAGGUGAUUGGGGCUCUUCUGGCAUGCUCUACUGUGUCGGUGAACGGAACGAACUUGCUGUCGGCCACCGAGGUGGACGAGCUGGUAGCUGAGAUGCUGAAGCGCCGCUCUGGACCGCUGUUCCAGGCUAUGGCUGCCAUGGAGGUCAUCAUGCACCACACGCUGUCCGUCUCCGGCUCGAAUCCGCGCAAGAGCAUCCGCGUUCGGCAGCUGCGCCUUAUGUACUCUCGCUGGUGCACACUGAACAUCUUCGACGCGACGGUCGUGAUGAACCUGCUGCAGAGCCUGCACGCACCGGAGAACGGCACCAGCGUCUAUGCUGUGUAUCACAAUGCCCUUGUUGAUGCAGAGUUGCCAUGGGCCACCGUCCUCACAUACUUAUUAUAG